CGGUAACACUAUCGCGACUAAAGCAUGAAGAUUAUAUACAAGACUGUGUACCACUACCAGUACCACGGAAAGAAACGUAAGAUCAUUCAGAUGCUUCUUCGUCCAUCUGUACUAUGACCACUCUAGGCGUUUUCGAUCAUUUAGUCGUAGCUCCCUGCUUUUGGCGCAGGAGACUUGGUAUUGUUUGAGUCCGGCAGUAUUUUUUAGCGACGCCGUGUUCUACAACCGGACAGGGUGCACGACGCGACAUGGUUGUAAUCAUGGCUCGAUGCAAAGAAUACGAUUAAUGAUGGACUGCCACCCGUCCUAGUUAAAAAGUGAAUAAAAAGUCAUGGCAACGUCCCCACCGGGAGCUGGAGGUGGAGCGGGCGGAGGCACACAAACGUCGCCGCCCGCAGUACCGGCGGAAAAGAUUGCCGUAAACCUGGGCAUUCUCGGGCACAUUGACAGUGGCAAGACGAGCCUCUGCCGCGCUCUGAGUACGGUAACCUCGACCGCGUCGCUGGAUAAGCAUCCGCAGUCCCAACAGCGCGGCAUCACGCUGGACCUCGGGUUUACCAGUUUUUUAUCAAGUGCUAGAGAUGUUGAAAUCAUGAUGAUGAUCCCGCUUCCGCAAAAAACUCAUGCAGGGUCAUAAUAUGACUUGAUCGAUAUGCAUUUGCAUAGUCAAGAAUUUUAUGUUUGUGUCUCGACGAACGGUCAUGAUGACAGAGAUAAUAAGCCACCACAGCGCUACAUCUCGCCUCAUCUCGAGCUCACAGUUGUACUACCAUGUCGAGCGGUCCGGCCAAGACCACCAAGCGGGUUUCUGGGAUCAACAUUGCAUGAAGACUUUUUUCGCAUCCAGAUAUUUCCAGCAGAGCUCCGGAGCAUUGGUGCUGCCCUCCUGAUUCGGAGAUCCAGUUUUGCUUAGUCGACUGCCCUGGUCACGCGUCGCUGAUCAAGACCGUCCUUGGCGGGGCUCAGAUCAUCGACCUCUGCUGCCUCGUACUGGACGCGCAGAAGGGCAUGCAGACGCAGAGUGCGGAAUGUCUGGUGGUUGCGGAGCUACUGACGGAUCGGCUGGUGAUUGUGAUCAACAAAAUUGAUCUGCUGCCGGAGACAGAACGUGCGGCCUUGCUGCAGAAGCUGAUCGCCAAGCUCAAAACCACGCUGGCCAAAACACGGUUCGGCACCGACCGGGUGACCUUCUGCUGCGUGUCUGCGGUGGCCGGUCUCGGGCUGGAAGAGCUUGUCGGCACCCUGAAAGCGCACCUUCCGAAGCCGCACCGCAGCACUGAGGGCUCCUUUCUCUUCAGCUUUGACCACGUUUUCCCCAUCAAGGGGCAAGGCACGGUGAUGACCGGAACCGUUUUGCGCGGGUCCGUAAAGCCUGGUAUAGAUGAUGUCAGUACAUUGCACAUCCAAGAACGACCCUUCCUUUCGAAGUGCCGACGCGGCCCGGCAAAUUUACUCAUAUCAUCUUUGAACGUAGUGCGUAAGAUGUGUUAACAGUUCAUGUUUUUCGUCAAAAAUUCCAACUUUGAUUCAGAUUCAAACAGGCUAAGUUCGUAUAACAACAUGAGGUUCCUUGAUUGACAUUCCCGCGCUCGGCGAAGAGGGCCGGGGCAAGAAAGUGCGGUCCUUGCAGAUUUUCAAGAAGAGCGCAAAGCUGGCGAAACAGGGAGACCGUGUCGCCAUGUGUGUGCCGCAGGUGAGCGCCACCUUGGAGCGCGGCCUAGUGACGGACCCGCAGAAGAACAUUCCACGGAUGACUGCGGUGAUAGCGGUGGUGGAGCGACUGAGCUACUUUAAGCACGAUGUCUGUUCCAAGGCCAAAUUUCAUCUGACAGUGGGGCACCAAACCGUGAUGGCGAAAGCCUUCUUUUUCUGUCCACAGGUUCUCUUUCUGAAGAAGGACCAAGAGGCCAUCCUCGCACAAGCAGCAGAGCUCGCGGCCCUCGGAACCCGAAAUGUUAAUAGUACUUCCACAGCUCGCGGACCUGCUUCGGGCGCUGGAAACAAAGUGCGAGCGGCUGGUGUGGCGGGCGCGCAACAGCCCGCGGCCGCAACUGCGGCGGGCUAUUCUGGCACGCCCCAGUUUUCGCUUCUGGGAAAAGGAAUGCUGGUCAGCGAAAAAGUUGGGCAGUGGCCGACUGCGUUUGACCCUACGCGGACUUACGUGCACGUGGAGCAGGCGUUUUCGCCGAAACCGGAGCUGAGCUUCAGCUACACGUCCGGCGAAGAUGUGACCCUGCGGAUAAAAACAUUGGAAGCCACGCGAGACGAAGCCUCCAGUACUAUGGGAUAACAAAAUAUCUCUGUCUGGGUCGAGAAUAAAACCAAGUGUCGUGCCCGAAGAGACUUUGAUUGCAUUGUGCUUUGUAUUGCUGCAACAGGAUUUUUCUCAUCUGAGUAUGUAAGGAGAAGGAGGUCACGACGUGACAAGCCAACAAUCUUCAGGUUCACUUCACAGCAUCGGCGAGCUCUCCCAGCCAGACGUAGUUUGUUAUCUUGGAUAAGGAGCAUGCAGUUUUCGCCUUCUCCACGACCAGUGGUGCUGAGGUCGAACAUGCCGGAUCCAUUGGUCGCCGUGCAGCAGGCGACACCCACGACCGUAUCGAGCCCGCCACUAAAUUCCAACCAGGAUUUUGCUGUGUCUGCGCCGGACGGCGAAGUAGCAGCACCGACGGCUUCUGCGGAUCGCCCAUCAUCUUGCAGCGGAGAAGUGGAAAAAGCCAGACACGCAAAUGGUACAGCUGCAGCGCCAACCCCAGACGACCGUGUGGAAACCAAAACCUCCCUUCUGGAGCUAUCUUCGCGCGGACUGUCGCGCGAUAUCACGGCCGUGUACUACGUGAACGGACGACUACAAGAUCAGAAUCGGCAACCCUUGAACGGUGACAUGAACGUGGAUGCGCAUCUGCCGGUGCGACGCAAGGACGAAACUUUGUACCAGCUGUUCUAUCUCUGCAAGCGCGCAGGCGUGCCCUUUCGCCUUGACAAUGACGCUAGCAGCAGCGGGAAAACCAAAACUUCCGACGAGGACCGGGCAGCGCGACAAGCGUCCAAAGCAGGCGCCAGAACGACGGCGGCCAGUCAUGUUGCGGCCACAUCCAGAGGAAGCACUUCUUCGCGAGCGAAGAAAACUGCUGCUGGCAUUGACGAUAAUGAAAACAAGACGUCAAUUGGAAUGGACGAGAUCCUUGAAGACGACGAUCUGGCCAGCGAAAAAAAGAAGAAAAAGAAAGAUCGCAAGAGCAGGCGUGGUGACGCCGAUGGGGACGUUGCUGAAAAUGGUGCUGGCGAGCAGGCGGAUAUAGACGCCGCUGGCGAAGACGACGACGACGCGGACAAUUGCGACGAGGCUCUGCUCGACGAAGCAAGUGGCAAAAAGAAAAAGAAGAAAAAAAAGGACCGCAAGUCCAAGGGUAAUGGCACCGACGAGGACGACGAGGGUGAUGAGGAUGACGCUGUCGGCCCCGGAGAAGAGGAGCCAGGCAAAAAGAAGAAGAAAAAGAAAAAGGAUCGAAAAUCGAGAACAGCUGCCGAUGGUCUCAGCAGUGGCGAUGAGCAGGACGGCCUGCUGCUGUCCGAAGACGAAGAGGACGAUCCCGAAGCCGCAGGCAAUCUUCGGGAAAGCAAGAAUAAAAAGAAGAAAAAAAGCCGAAAAAGCAGAGCCGCCGACGAGGAAGCUGAUGUUGACGAUGCUAGCGCCGGUGAAAACGACUCGGAGGAUGAGGUCGAUGAAGCGGAUCUUCCAGAGAAUGAAAGUAAAAAAAAGAAAAAGAAAAAGGACAAAAAGCGCAAGGGCAACGAGGGAGAUGUUGACGUCGAAGAAGUUUCGGACGGUGUGGUCGAGGACGGCGACACUGCUGAUACGGGGCGAACUAGUAAGAAAAAGAAGAAAAAAAAGAAGAAGAAGAAGCAGAAACGCAGCAAGGAGCUGGACGACCUCCUCGAUUCAGAUGUUGACGACUUGGAGGACGAUAUCGACGAGGACUCCUCCUCCUCCUCCAGUGACGACGACGUUCCGGAUGAGACUCAGGAGCCGGCAACAGUGGUGCCACUUGCGGGAACCCAGGACGGAACGACGCGAGGAACCGCAGCAGCACGGUCGCGCAGCCACGAACUGCCGGAAUUUUUUCAUCUGCCAACGGCCGACCGAGCGCGCGCGUCGCCCGUGUGUUACGCGUACCUGGAAUUUGAGCAGCAGAUGCAGAUCCCCGAGGAUUCCCUGCUGAUCGGUUCGAAGUUGGACUUCGACGCGCACUCACCCACCUGUCGCUAUCAAGCUGAAAAAAACUACCCCUGCCCCAAAGAAUAGAAAUGUAGUUCCCGCUGCAGAAUAAUUUCCCAUAUGGGAGGAAACUUCUGGAUUUGGCAUGACUGUGAAGAUGGACGUCAUAUCAGCACGAUCGCAAACGCAAAAACAAAAUGCUUAAAUAGGGCCUACAGUAUUAAGAUUUGUCAUUUGUUGUGUUGCUGUUGCGAAGAGGUACUUACAAGAAUAACGCCCGAGCUGAAUGGCGUCGGCGGCCCUAGAUUCUAACGUAAGAAAAUUGUGUUGGGCAACACAAAAAAACCGGUAGUUCUUGAGGUGUCGAAGCAGGUUUCCCACAACACAAAAUAAAAUUAAAAGCGGGCCUCUGGCAUUAAUUCCUUUAGCUAACACGGUCCCCGUCCCACUGCAGCUUGUACACAUUUUCUCGGAGUGGGGCACGUUUAUUCAGUUUGAUACGCGCAUCGCGUUCUUCGGCCGCAUCCUGCGCCACUUCCAGCACGACAACGUGAAGACGCCCGUGGACAGCGUGAUCGACGUGGUGAAAAUGCGCGAAAAGGUCGGCAUCUUAGACAAGUGCUUCGUGAACUAUCAGCAUACCAAUGCAGAUGAUGUUGACGAGGUCCGUCGUCCCAAGCGUGGUGCUGGUGCUGCCCCCAACUCCGGACCCGCGAACAACAGCGUCGAGUACACGGUGCGCGACAUGUUCUCAAAGGACACCGAUCUGACCCUGUUCCUCAACCUGAAGGUGAUGCACGAGUCCUCGGGCGUGGUGGGCGUGAUCGAGAGCAGCUACGGGGUCGAAGGCCACGUGCGCGUGCGGUUCGAGCGACCUCUACCGGCCGCGGCCGUGCGACUAGACAAAAAAGGUUUUGUCCAGGGAGACACCACCGACGUGUCGCGCCGCGUGCUGCUACACUUCAAAAAGUUCGAGGCAAAAUCCGGGGCCAACAAGAACCGCAUUGCGCAGUAGUGCACGAGCAGAGGAGCUGCACCGUGUGCUCAUCCGCGUUCUUGCGGUCCCAGGAGCACUGGAAAUGAUGGCUGCGCGACCCGCGAUGCGGAUCUCGUGCGCGAAGGGGGUUUUGACGUUCGGUACUGCAGCACAGUGUGUAGCAUCGUGUGGAGUUUCCAAGAAACAAGGCAGCAAUUGCAUUUGCAAAGCAAAGGCACUACAAGUUCAAGCACAUGCGAAACGAGUGCGAGCCUAAGCGAGUCCGAGAGGUCUUUUUCUCCCUGUGGAUGAAGCCACAGCUUUUGAAGAUUUCGCACAUAGAUUGAUACGAG